ACGUCUGCGGCCUAUAGCGUCUUCCGAAUCGCACUUCCGUCCGAGGAAAGUCUCUUCGCCAAGGCAACGGAGAAAUUCGCCGCCAACGGCCUUGCCACGGACAAGGAGCCCACGACGGACGUGACCAUCACUCGGCAUCUCGUGUCCGUCAAAGACAUCAUCGCCCAUGCAGACUACGUGCGGGCGCAGGACCAGCCGCGGGGCGGGAACGUUUUGUCCACCCGGGAUUUGCUGUCGCUCUCCCUAACGCCGGCGAAGGUGUGGGAGAAGGAGUUUUCCGCGCGGGAGAUGGGACCCGAUUUGGCCAUCGACCGCGGCUUCGAAGCGGGGGAAGCGGAAACCGCGAAACCGGUGCUGCAACUCGGACGGGGACUGCCGUUCGAGGAUAAUAAUUCCGCAUCAGAAGCAGACGAAGGGAGUAGUACAGCUGGACACGGCAAGGACAAUCCUCCGACACCGCCGGAUGAAGACGAUGACACAACAACCAGCAUUCCGGAAACCACGCAAUCGUUGGAGCAGAAGGCGCACCGCUUCGCGCAGCAACGCCGCUUGCAGCCAAAGCUUCUACCUCGGCAGCACUGUUUGGUGAUGGUGUUCGGACAGUACCGAGCGGUGAUUUGGCGGUCCGAAGCGUUGCUCUUCGGCGCCGAGCAGCCGGAGAUGCGGCAGCUCGCGCUGGAUCUGAAAGCUUCUGUAGAAUCCAGGUAUCGAUACCGCGCGCCGCAAAACGAGCUGGCGGUUUUUUCUGGUAGCGGUGGCUCAUCGGACCCUUCUGGAGGAGGCGCUUUAUUCGGUGGUGCAAACGGAAAUGGCAAUCAUCAAUCCGCGGAGGGCGGGCGAAGUUCGACGUUUCGGGCCGAGCGGGUGGAGAGAGAUUUCGAAGUCGUCGUGGUGCAGCACCUGCUGGAUCACGUGUGCAACGCCUGGGAGAGGCGUUUGCUGUUCUACCGACCGAUUCUGUCCCAGAUCAGCAAGUCGCUGGCCGGGAUCGUCCACAGCGAGGACGGGGACGACUUGCUGUUCCGAGUGUCGAAUCUCCUUCCCCUCCGCGAUUCCCUCGGUUCCUUCACGAUGCAACUGCAGGACGCGAUUGGGGCGCUGGAGACGACCGUCUCGAGCGACGAGGCCAUGCUUUCGAUGUUGCUCACCGAGAAGUCCUUACUCGGGGCGGAACGACGGCAGCUGCACGUGCAGCGCAUGAAAAGCGCCCAGUAUGGGUGGAAGGAGGGGGAAGGCCGGUUCGCGGACGACGCGGCGACGGGUGCGGAAAUAAAUGCUGCUCCGACGACGACCGUCACGCGGACGAAGAGCAAAUCGAAUGUCCUAGGCGACGAAGUGCUGGCGAGCAAGGGCGUGGGCGGGAGCAAGAAGACAACGGCGAAUUAUAAGGCGGGUUCAUCUUCUAAAUCAGCGACAUCAGGUCCGCCUCUGUCUUCGGCCGCAACCCCCGCCGUCGACCCUGACAAUUUAAACACGAUCCAGAGGAACAUGGCGUUGGCCGUUGCAAGAAAGGUUUCUACCGUAGAAGACGAUCUCGCGAUGAUUGACGCGCGGUACCACACGACGAUUGAAAUUAUGCUGGAGGAGUUCGCCCGGCAGCUGAACGGAGUGUUGUCCGAGGUCUUGUACAUGCAAAAGCGGCUGGACGCGAAGCAGGAACUGGUCACGGUGUCCAUGAGCAGUUCCCGAAAUCAAAUUUUGCGGUUAAAUCUCUACUUGUCCAUCGCAGGGUUGGCUUGCAUGGUCCCAACAACGAUCGCCGGGUUUUUCGGGAUGAAUUUGGACAACGGGAUCGAUUUCCACCUGGUCCCGUACAUUUUCGAAAUUGUCACUGUCUCGAGCUCAGGAAUUGGGUUACUUGCAGCGCUCUACUGUUUUCGGUAUUUGAAGCGGUCCCACCAGGGGCGCAACAACCAGGACCGGAUACGGCAGUUGAAAUCCUACGGCAGACUCUUGGAGGACUUGGACGCCUUGGACCGGGCUUUUCUACACGGCAUUCUACCAAGAUUAGAUGCCGGUAUGGCGGCGCAAAGUUCUAUGCAGUCAAAGCUAUCGGGGGCACCGCCUGUUACGUCGAAUCAGCAAUUAUCCGUCGCGGAUUUCCGAGAAAUCUUUCAGCAGGCCAGGCCGGAUAUACCGGUGUCAGAGGAAGAGGCACAGCUGGUGUUUGACAUGUUCGACGUCGAUCGGUCGGGCGCACUGGAGUCGGGGGAGCUGGAGAGCUUAAGGCCAAACAAGCGCGGAAGGGGUUGAGAAACAAGGGAAGUAGUGCAUAGCAUUUUGCAAAUGAACCGUGAAAAUAUGAUAGUAUAGAAAUCUAAAUUACGUCGCUCUGAAGAUUCUAAAUGAUGUGAUGCUACCGCCACUGGCACUGCCUGCACUAUGACGCACUACGAAUCGUGCUUGGUACUUAUUGCUGGCUGCAGCUGCAAUUGACGUACGUAGUAUUGUUGCGUCACAGAGG